AUGAUCCGCACGAAGGGCGAGGCCGGCACCGGCGAUGUCGUCGAGGCUGUGAGGCACAUCCGAACGCUGCACAAGGAGAUGCGAAUGGUGCAGAUGAUGGACGAGGACGAGCUCUUCACCUACGCCAAGGAGAUCGGGGCACCCAUUGACCUUGUGCAGCACGUCAAGAAGACUGGUAAGCUCCCCGUGGUGAACUUCGCAGCCGGGGGCGUCGCCACACCGGCCGACGCAGCUCUGUGCAUGCAGCUGGGGGUGGACGGCGUCUUCGUGGGCAGCGGCACCCUGGUUGCUUGUUGGACUUUCUGCCCAUGCCAACGCAGCCUCAGUUGUAACGCGUGGAAGGCCGAAACGCUUGAGCUAUCUGCCCUUCUUUCACGAAGUGGCGCAUGA